CAUUCAUAAAUAGAAAUGUGAUUUGUGAUCCGUGACUCGCUACUUUAAAAUACAUGACCCGGCUAUCGCUCAUCUCUAGCGUCACGGUGCUGAUAACGGUGAAAAGUGGCAAUAAUAUCGAAUAAAUUAAUACAAAGAAGGGCUUGGCCAGGCGGAAAAAGGAAAAGUGAGUAGCAGGAAAAGUGAAACAAGUGCAGAGCCAGCCAAGUGCAACGCUUGCGGCACAUCGAGUCCUGCCACUGAGAAAGCGAUUACCAGUGCAAGUGUGUUAGUGCGCGAGUGUCCCGAGAAGCCACAACGUCGUCCUCCAAACCAACGACGUCGUCUGCUGCCGCUGCCGCCGCCGCCGCUGCACGCCAGAGCCCACCCACAGGAGCAGGAGCGGGAGCUGCUGCAGGGAGCAAUCAAAGGAGCGGCGGACGCAGCGGCCAGCGACGUCGCAGUAGCAGCAGUAAUCCCCACGGCGGCACAACGAAAGCGACCAGCGGCAGCGGUGGAGCUGGCAGCGCCGGCGGAGGCGGUGGCGGCGGGGGCGGCGUCAAGCAGAGCGUCAGUCGCAACAGCAACAUACGGAGCAGCAGCUCCAACAGCACCAUGGCCAAUCAUCGGAGCGGGCGCGGCGGCGGGGCCGUGGCCGGCGCUGGCGACGGCAACGCCAUCGUGGGCCUGCAAAUCGGCUCAGCGUGGUUUCAGCGCAAAAUCAAUCUAAGGCCGCAGCACCGCGGCGUCCAUCUGGUGACCGAGGAGAUCCUCAGACAGAUGCCGGAGCUGGCGCACUUCUCCGUGGGACUUUGUCAUAUGCAGAUUCUUCACACAUCGGCGAGUUUGGCGUUAAACGAAAGCUGGGAUCCAGACGUCAGAGACGAUAUGGAGAUGAUGUUGAACAAAAUAGUUCCCGAAGGCUUGCCCUACAGACACUCGUGCGAGGGACCCGACGACAUGCCCGCACACGUGAAGGCCUGCUUCCUGGGCAGCUCACUGACAAUCCCCAUUACGGACGGCAAGCUCUCGCUGGGCACGUGGCAGGGCGUCUGGCUGUGCGAGCACCGCGACCAGGCCGGCUCCCGCAAGCUGGUGAUCACGCUGACGGGCUGCCCGCGCGAGCAGGCCCGCAGCCCGCUGUCACCCGUCUCGCCCAUCGCCAGCACGUCCAGUUAGGGGCGGCCUCGCUCCACCCGCGACAGCCGGUAAUCGCGGGGGAGCGACAAUAAUGACAUCAUUUCGUCGAGGAGGUUGAUACUACAAAAGAAUUUAGCUAAGGCAACGGCACAGCAGAGGGCGGCGGCCGUCAUAGCCGCCGGCCGCGGAUUGGGGGGAGGAGCGGGCGCACCGCCGAAUGUGCCUGGCUUCGAGACGAAGACGAGCCGCCUGCUGCUCCGGCAGCAGCUCCACCUCAAUCUCAAUUUGAAUGUGCAGGAGACGUUGCAGGAUGGCGUUGAUAUUGAUGAUGUUGAUGAGGACGUCUGCGAUGACGAUGAGGCUGAGGCUGAGUACCGCGUGGAAGAGGAGGAUGAAGAGGAGGAGGAAGAGGAGGAGGCUCAGUCAGUCAGCUCAGUAGUCGUCGCGGAUAACGCUCAGGGCAGUGGGCGUUGCCAUCGUGCUGGUGAUAAUCUACGAACCGUCACAACAGUGCCUCAACUUAACGAACAACCUACAACUAAGAUCACCGCAACCAGAACACCAUCGGCAGCAUCCAGUUCAUCGGCAGCCGCAGCAUCAAGUGCAUUAGCUAAAUUCAACCGCAUCAUCGACUCAACCCUGGAGAGGGCCCCAGCGGCAGCGGCGGCAGUGACAACGCUGCCCCAGCUGAGCAGUGCCACACUGCAGCAGCGCUUCAAUUUGGCCUAUCCAGAGUUGAUUCCCCAACAGCAGCAGCAGCAACAACAGCAGCAACAACAGCAGCAACAACAGCAGCAGCAGCAACAUGAUGCGAUCAGGAAGAUCAACACCCUCAAGGGGACACCAAGAUUAGAUCGUGGCUCAGGCGCCGUUGCCAGCACUCCAUUAACAUUUGCAGCACACAGAUCGAUAGCAACGGCGCAGGAGGAAGAACAAGAAGCUGGAGAAGUAGCAGAACUAGAACCAGAAUCAGGAGAGGAAGAGGAGGAUAACGAAGCAGUCGCCCUUAACGAUGAUCAUCCCCACCACGACGAGGAUAAUCAAAUGAAACGAAAUGAUGUGCAUUAUUUGUUGAAACAGUUAAAUAGUUUUAGUGAUAUAGAAGAAAUAGAAAUUGUUGAUAUGAAGCAAAGAAAACAGCGUCCGCCUCCGCGUCCACGUCCACCCAUGGCGUCGAGCUCGCUGAUAAUGAUGCCGCCAUCGCCGCCAUCACCAUCCACGCAGUCGCACAAGCAGAGCCAGCGCUUUGCCUCUGGCGGGCACAACUCCAGUGCCGCCAGCUCGGUGCGGCUGCAGCAGUUCGACGACUAUCUGUUCGAGUCCUGCCACUACCUGGAGACAAACUACUUUGCCGCUACCUAUCGCACUGCCAUGGUCGAGAGCAGCUCGCACGAGUUCCGGCCCUCGACCAACAGCAGCUCAAACAGCUUUGAGCUGCACGAGAUGGAGCCGCCCAGUGUCAUCUGCAAGGCGGGUGCCCCCCUGGCCGCGACUCCGCCGCCCCUGUACCAGUACCAGUACCAGGCGGAGACGCGGCUGACCACCAGUGGCGUGCAGACGGAGCUGACCGUGGAGUCGCUGGCCAAGCUAAGCAACAGCGCCAGCGCCAGCAGCAGCUCGUCCAGCACGCGGGCGCCCCCCUUCUUCAGGUGCUGCUACACGCCCAUCGACCGUUGGCGGGAGCGUCGACUGGUGGCGCGCCAGCAGAAGACCUCCGCCCCCUCGAAGAACGGGCAGGCGAGUCAGAGUCAGAGUCAGAGCCACCCCGUCUGACACUGGGCCAGGCUCUAGUUCAGAGAUUGAGAUUCAACAUGUGCCUGGCUAAUUUAUUUGGUCGCUGUUCUCAUUUGCGAUAUCAACAAGAGAUUCCAUUUCGAACGACAGUCGUUACACCCGAUCGUAGCACCCAAUCCCAAUACCAAUACCAUUCCAAAUCCAAUCAUUCGAUGGAACGGAACGGAACGUCAUUCUGUACAAUUUGUCUACGCUAAACGUGAACGCAAACAAAUAUUAGUAACAAUUUUUUAUACGCCAGCAGACACGAGCCACACAGAUAGACAUUUGCACAUUUUUGCAAUACACGGAACGGAAGGGAAGGCAGAAAACUCCAAAUAAGUUGUUCACACGAAUGAAAUGUUUAACAGAAAAUUUAAAUGAAGAAAAUUGUAACUCAAUUACAUGUAAAAUUGUUCAAACGCUUCCCCGACUUCAGCAGAUGCUUCAAGGAUUUGUAAAUUCUCUGUCAGAGAUUUCUUUUAGGUGAACGCAGCUUGGGUCGAAAGUUGUACGAGUGUUUGGGAGUCAUUCAGUAGACAGAAUAUUGUUAACAAAUUACGCAAAUCGUAGACGACAGAGAGAGAGAGAGAGAGAGCUUGUAUAGUAAGAUGAUAACUAAAGAAAUUGUGAAUAAUGUUAAUUAAAGCUAAAGCGUCGUCAAAUAUAAGGAGGGACGCGCACGCCGUGCAUUUUAGUGUGUUCAAUCCCCGGCAUUUCAACCUGUCCUGUCCGUUUGUCUGUUUAUUACACAUUUUACAUGCAAAUAGAAAUAAUCGUAGAGUUUUGCGACCGGUGGCGUGCGCGUUGGAUUGAUUGUUGAUACAUAAACCAAACAAAAGCAAUUGUUACAUCAAUUAGACACAAUUUUGUUGAUUUACACUCUAAGCAACCGAAUCGUUCUGUUUCUGUUUGAACUAGACCUUCGUUUUGGACUCGUAAGCUAAUAAGGAAUUGUAUUGUUGUUACAGCACAAGAGAAGUAAACCCCGAAGGGACUACUAGACACAAAGGAUCGCUUAACUCUUAACUCGUUUAACCAAGAGCAAUAUUAGUUUUUAAACCAGUUUGAAAAUGUCAAUUUUGUUUGGAGCAUAUGCGAGAGUACACGAACACACGAUUAUAUCGAACUAUAUCACUGCGCGAACUUAAUGCGCCUCAGAUCACGCUUUAGUUUACCAAAUAAAUACGAUAGAUACGAUUUAGCUGAUUGGAACUCAACCAAACAACCAAAACAUCAUUUAUUUCGCUCCCCGAUCGACUGAGGUGCGUGUUCUGGGUUUUCGGAGGAGUUGAGUUCUGUUCUUCCAACGGAAAAGCAAGCGCCUAGCAGGCAGGACCCUUGUCUACCCUUGUGGAUGCAUAAAUACUUAUGUACAUAUGUGCGAGCAUGUAACCAAACGAAUGUUUAAGAUACAAAUAACUUUAAAUGAGAAAUCAGAGAAACCGAACAAAUGCCUUUUACAUGCCCACACGUACACUAGCGAAAAGUCUCCCGAGAACGGAAAAUGAUCAAAUGAAAAUCGAAGUGAAAAUGAAAAUGUAAAGCUGAGCAAACCAAUGUUAGUCGAUAAUAAGGAAGGAGCGUUACGGUUUGCACGAUAUGAUAUAUUCGUAAUGUCUGCGAAACCACAAGCGAAGCUAAUAAUUUGUUUAGAAUAUAUAUCAACCUGUUGAUUAUGUUAAUCAUUAACGAAAGACAUAACAAGAUAAGAUGUUAAGGUCGAGAACCAUAACCGCCGGUAAAACGGACGGUCUAUUGUUGUAUGUUUUAUUCGAAGCGCACGAAAUGAACUAAACGUAAAACAUAAACAAUAUAAAGCAAGAUGGAGAACGGAGAAUGGAGAAACUGUAGCUAAAGUGAAAUUUUUGUAAACUUUUUGAUAUGUGAUGAUGAUUUGGAUAAAUUAGAGCCACAGAGGAAAGAAUUAUUACCUUAACCUAGCCCUAGAUAUCUAAACCAAUUACAAAUGUGUAGCGCAAACGCAAAGUAAGCAAAGCAAAGCAAGGCAGAGGAGAGGAGAGGAGAACAGAGCCAGCCGAGGAGAACUAGUUACACUCUAAGAUGGAUAAUAUUGUUAUGCAAUAAGUAGUCUCGGCCAGCCGAAGCACCAAUCAGGGUUCCUUUCGGGAUGGAAUGGGAUGGGAUGGAAUGGAAGGGGAUGAGAUGGUAUGAGGAUGGUAGUCUGGAUGGCAGAUCUAUUGAUCUGGCCCCCAAAGGUCCUUGAAAGGAACUAUAUUAGCAAUAUAUUCAUGGCAAUUCAAUUGUAUUAACGACAUUGAUAAAUCUGAUGUGUAAGCAAAUAGUGAAUGCAAAUAGUGAGCCUAGUUAAUGGUUAAAGAAACCCCCGUAACCAGAGGGACGGGGAUGAGGGAUGAGAACAACUCAAUUCGAUCAAAUUGAAAUGAAUACUAAACGUAGAUAAGCGAGUAAGUAGUAAAUUAUCCAAUUGUAAAUAGGAUUUUAUUUACACUUUCAUUGAUUUGAUUUGUUUUCGGUUUCGGUUUGGUUUUGUUUUUGGAUUCGGAUGAAGUUCAGUUUUCUCAUUACAGAUAUAUACACUUUAUUAGAAUCAAGAUUAAAAACACACACAGACACAUACACACGAAAAAGCUUUAAUUAAUUUAAUUACAAGACGAAAAACCAAAAGAAAAGGAAUGUAAUACAAAGUGUAUUUAAGAAUAAUCAAUUUCGAUAUCAUUGAUCCCAUUGAUAGCGAAUUCCAUUGUAGAUACCUAUUGGGCAGCGGUAAUUAAUUAUUUCAUUAAUUAAUUAACUAGCCAGCUAUGUCGUCAAUGUCAAUGUCGCCUAUUGUGAGUUCUAAAUAUUGCAUCUGAUAAAACAAUAACGAAGCAUAACUAGCUAUAAAUCCAAACCAAAUGCAAAUAAACAAAAUACGAUUAUACAAAAGAACAGAACAGAUCAGGACAGAACAGAACAGAACAGGCCUAGGAACACCGCAUACAUAUAUACAGAAACACAUGCAUACACAAUCCACAACACACACACACACACACACACACAGAACUCGAACACAAAGCUUUUAUAAAAAACUAUUUAACAACAAAUAUAUUAUAUAUAUAUGUACUAUGGAAAAUAAUAAUCCUGCCAAGUAACAUUCGAAUACCUGCUUGAAGAAGAUACACCCGCUUUUGCUAAGAAAACGAAAAAGAACAGAGAUUUAAUAACGAAAAAAAACAGAAAUAAAAAGAAAAAAAAACAAAAACCGAAAACAAAACUAAAAUAUGAGAGAAACGUAAAGAAAGAAGAGAGAGUAUGUACGGCUAAAUACGAUUUUUAUACUUUCGAUAUAAUGAUUUUUUAUACUAAACGUAAAACUCUUUGAACGAGAGCGUAGAACUUUGAACUCGAAGCUGAGGAUUUUUUGGGCUAUUGAUUUUGAGAUCGCAUUGAUUUGAGUCGGACGAGAGCACGUCGUCAUACUUAUAGCUACAUAUACAUAUAUGGUAUAUACAAACGUAUGUAAACCCUAACUGCAACUAUGGAACGAGAGCACAAAUUUUGUUGAACAAAGACAAACACACCCGAAAUCAAAUACUAAAACAGACAAAAAACAAAACAAAACACAAGAAAACAUUUUUUAAAUGCAACUCUCAACAGACUCACAACAGACACACACACACACACACACACACACACACAUUACACUCACACACAGGAACAUAAAAUCAAAUAUAUACUAAAUAUAUAAACGGUGUAUGUAUAUAUUUAGCAAACAAGAAACGUAAUGGAAACACCCGCACAAAUUGAUCACCUAACUGAAGAAGAAAUAUAAAAUACGAGUAAUAUGCUUUGGAGAGAGCGAGAGCCCAGCCCGCAGGGCGCAGGGAGCCACAAUUUCUAGGAAAAUGUCCACACUUAGCCUAGAGAGCGGUUUUUGUAUGAGGAGACAAUUUGUAAAUAUACAUGCAUAUAUAUAUAUUUCUUGAUUUUAUCUAAAGCCACGUACGUGUAGGACACGCAAAUCAUUCAAAAACUUUAGUUUUCUCCUAAAAUGCAAGCGAAACUCCUAAGCUCCUAAAGAGAAGUUAAAGAUUCCCCUUCGAGGACACUUUUCUCAAUAUCUAGAUAUUUAUACGGAUAUCGAAGUACCCGACCCCGACCCUGAACCGUACUUAAGUGCAUAAG